AUGUCCAACGCACCCCCUCCGCACCAUGAGCCAGACAUCAUGGACCCUGAUGCGACGGCAGACAUAACCGACCAUCUUUUGCCGCAUUCUCCAUCCCCUGAGCCGGUGGAGGCUCCGUCGCGGAGGGUGAAGCAUGUACUCUUCCGACUAUACGUCUCGCAUACCUUGUCCACAUGGAACUCCCGCAUGUUUGAAUUCGGCUCAGUCCUGUUCUUGGCUUCCAUUUUCCCUGGAACAUUACUCUAUGCCUCCAUCUACGCGCUGGGGCGCUCGUUGUCGGCCGUGCUGUUGUCAUCGUGGCUUGGGUCUAUGGUGGAUCGAUCGAACCGUCUAACGACAAUCCGACAUUCUAUCAUUGCGGCAUCCUGCGCUUGCUUUGUCCACCUCUUGAACCGCAGCUCCGAGCUGACCUAUUUCUCACCGCUGUUGUUCACGGCGAUCGCCUUACUGGCCUGCGUUGAGAAACUCGCAGCGAACGUGAAUACCGUCUCUGUCGAGCGGGAUUGGGCCGUCGUCAUCUCGGAUGCUUUACAGUAUUCAAGACAAGGCUUAAACGCGUCCAUGAGGCGGAUCGAUCUCAUCUGCAAACUCCUUGCGCCUGUCGUCAUCUCCUUUCUGGAUGGCUUCUCCACUAGAGCAGCUAUAUGGACAGUCCUCGGGGUCAAUGUGUCCUGCGUGGUUGUCGAAUACAUUGCGAUCGCACAGGUAUACAAGGUGGUGCCAGAACUGGAACGCCAUCGUGACGCUUCCGAGAACGAAGAGGACGGUGCCAAUCAUGUGCAAGACUCCAAUAGUCACCGUGCUGGCAUCUACAGUGUGGUACGAUACAUCCAUCGGGCUGUCGCCCCUUGGAAGGAGUACGUGUCGAGUCGAGUCUUCUUGGCCUCAUUUUCAUUAAGCCUCCUGUAUCUGACUGUUCUUUCCUUUGGCACGACGAUGGUAACCUAUCUGCUCCACACCGGAUUCAGCGCCUUGGAAGUGAGCUGUAUGAGGAUCGGAGCCGUAGUGGCAGAGUUGUCCGGAACCUGGGCCGCCCCAAUCGUCAUGAACCGCAUCGGACCAAUUCGGUCAGGAUUGUGGUUUUUGAACUGGCAAUUUGGUUGUCUAGCUGCUGCAGUCGCUGGAUUUGCCUUUCUCGAGAGGAAUUCGCAGGUGGUCGCCGUCAGUCUCAUAGUCGGGGUGGCGUUGAGCCGGAUCGGUCUGUGGGGAUUCGACCUCUCUGUUCAAUUUUUGAUUCAAGACGGUAUCGCCGAGCAUGAACGAGCGCGAUUCUCCUCUACGGAAAUGGCGUUGCAGAAUAUUUUUGAACUGCUCUCAUUUGCUACGACAAUUGUUUUCUCGCGCCCGGAACAGUUCAAGUACCCCGUUUUUAUCAGCUAUGGGGCCAUUGGUGCGGCAGCGAUCUUCUUUGCAGCUUAUGUGCGACGCGAACGGGGACAUCUGUUGCAUACGUCCAAGUGUUUCGGGGGCGACAAAGGCCUACGACCGAUUCCAAGCCCAUCACCGUGA